AAAAUUAAAAACAAAAAGAAAGACGGAGUACGAAAAAUCACUUUUUUACUGUAAAAAUCCGCUGCAAAAGCCUCCAACAUGGGAAAUGUUAACGAGAAAAGCAUGGCACGCGAACGAAUGAAGUCCGGAAGUCAAGAUUUGUUUCCGGGAUCGCCGUUAAAAGAGAGUUCCGCAUUUACCUUCGACAAGAGGCCAUUGUCUCAGGACAGUCAAGACGACGAUUCAAGUGCUUUAUCGCGAUCUGUGCCUCCAGGUGAUCCAGAAUUCUUGACAGAAACUCGUCCUCGAGCGAAUACAAUGUCGGAGGGACAACCGAUACCCGGAUCAGAUAAUCCGCCGCCCACGGAGGAAAUGGAAGAAGAGAAAAUUACGCUUCCGACAGUGUUCAAAUGGGAUGGCGGCGGCAAGCAAGUUUAUAUUUCGGGCACUUUCAGUGACUGGAAGGCGAUUCCGAUGGUAAAAAGUCAUGGGGAUUUCGUGACAAUCAUUGAUUUGCCCGAAGGCGAGCACGAAUACAAGUUUUACGUGGAUGGCGAAUGGAAACAUGAUGCAAAAUUGAAACAUGUCGACAACGACGCUGGCACAAAAAACAACAUGAUUUCCGUACGAAGAUCUGAUUUCGAGGUAUUCCAAGCUCUCGCAAAGGACAGCGAAGAUACCGGAAAUCACGAACAGCGCGAAUAUUCACAGGAAAUUCCUCAAGUGAAGCCAUGGGAGAAACAAUCUGGUCCUCCAGUAUUGCCUCCGCAUCUCUUACAGGUCAUCUUGAACAAAGAUACGCCUGUUUCUUGCGAACCAACUCUUUUGCCUGAACCGAAUCACGUCAUGUUGAAUCACUUGUAUGCACUUUCCAUCAAAGACGGGGUCAUGGUUCUCAGUGCCACACAUCGAUAUCGCAAAAAGUACGUGACAACACUGCUCUACAAGCCAAUCUAAAUGGAAACGUGAAUUAUUUUUAAUGGAUUUUAGUGUUAGAAGUGUGUUCUUUUUAGAUAAUUAAUGGUAAAAGUCGACGAAAAAGUGGAAGGAAUAAAUCAAAAAUUAUUUUUCUCGUUUAAAAGUUGAAAAUUUUG